AUCACUUGUAUUAUCAUAAGUUGUAACAUUAACCUAUUCUUCAAGGGGAUUUAGAGAGAGAGUGAAAGCCUCAACAAAGAUAAAGGUUUAUGGAUAGGAUUUGGGGGUUUUUUUUCACUUUCUUCUUAGAGAUCCAAUUGAGUGUUCCUCCAUUGAUUGUAUAUGAAAUCAAAUCUUUACACAUUAAUGAAAUUGUCUUUCAAUUGUUAUAGGUGGGGUUAUAUAGUCCAAGAUUAGUUGAUCUUGGGAGUUUCCUCACCUUCAAAACAAUGUGGUGUCAUUUCUCAUUUUGGUUUAAUAUCUUUAUCUACUUUGUGAUUGUAACUUUCAUAAUUACUAGUUUGCACUAACAAAACACCCCGAAUAUCAUCAUAUAAUUCUGAAUUAUUGAAUCUCAUAAAACAAGCAUAAUUUUCUUAAAUGUAUUUGUUUUGCUAUUGGGAAAUGUCUGUAAUUGUAAAGAAAAUAUUACGUUGUCGUGAUUCAAACUUUUGAGGUCCUUUUCUGUUCUUUUGAAUCUCCUUGAUGUGGUUUGAUUGGCUCCUACUAAUUUUCUAGUCUGCCACUAGAUGGUGGUUUUAUAAAGUCUUUGUGGUUGAGGUUCUCAUUUAUUUAGUGUUUCAAAAUAAGGAAUGACAGAGUGAUGUACCCAAGUAAAAUAACCCAAGCUGAUUGCAAUGUAACCUGAUCUCGGACAAUGUUUUUUUGAAACUUGUUUAGGGACACUUCUUGUGCUCAUCUUUUAAUUGUUUGAAUUUUAAAAACUAAACAAUAUUGUUGGUAAUUCUCAAAUGGUUUUAUGUUUUCCUGAUUUUUCAGAAUCUUGAGUUUACUUCUGAUUGGAGGCAGGUGCUAUGGAGUGUGUGGUUCAGGGAAUUAUUGAGACCCAGCACGUGGAAGCGCUAGAGAUUCUUCUUCAGGGGCUUUGUGGAGUCAAUAAGAAGCCGUUAAGGAUUCACGAGUUAUGCUUAAAAAGCAUCCCAAUCCUUGGAUAUGUGUCUUCUGAGGUUCAACUUAUCUGUGAUCUGGAGCAGCAACCUGAGCCUACUUGGAUUGUUCGUUAUGUUGGUGGCGCAAUAAGAGGUGCUGGUGCUGAACAGAUCUGUGUUCUAGUUCGGACCAUGGUCGAAAGCAAAGUUAGCAAGAAUGCCGUCCCUUGGUUUUAUUCUAUUGGCUAUAAAUUGGAUUAUGAACUGUUACGGGUGGGUUUUUCCUUCACUUUCCAUAGAGGUGCUCCGAUGACUGUUACUGUCUCCUCAGUCAAUAAGCUGCCGAAGUUGCAUGCAAUUGAUGAAGCUGAACCAAUCACAUUACGAAGACAAAUAGUUGAAAUUACAGCUCCUGCUACAGAUGAUAACUAUGCUGAAGUCGCGACAGCUGUCUCUUCAUUCUGUGAAUACCUUGCUCCGCUGUUACACUUGUCAAAACCUGGUGUAUCAACUGGGAUCGUCCCUACAGCUGCUGCUGCUGCUGCAUCUCUGAUGUCUGUCGGAGGAGGCACAACUGUUUAGCUUCUAAUGAGCCGGUAGGGGCACAUAUAUAUCAUGAUUACACACUUGGAAUGGUGACUACAAGUCCAACCAUAGCUGCAAAUAAUAUGAUCAUCAAUCCUGCAAAGUUCAUUACGAGUGCUUCUUGGCUUCGUUUGAGAUUCAAAAACGUAAACUUUUCUAUCAAACCCAUCAUGGCUGUACAUAUUGCCAGUAUGAAUAUGAAAAUGCCCAAAAACUUGUGCCAUGGGGCUACUGCUUCUCUUGCCGCUGAUUUCGAAUGUGGAAACGCAAAUGUGAAGAAUGAGAUUAUCCACUGAAACAUCAAGAUUUGACAUAUUAUCUCAUUGAAUUAUCAAAAAGGUUAGUUUCUAUUUGUAUACACAUUCUUAGCAAUUAGUAGUUAGUAGUUUACCUGCAAGCCGUACAGGCAGAUGGUGCUUAUACCAACCCAAGAAUGAAGAGUAUAUAUAUGUGGUAUUGAUAGCUCUUGA